AUGUCUCAGCCUCAAGCAAGAAAAGAGGUUGCCCCUAUGAGAGACGUCUCCGACGUAGUAUCGGGAGCCUCCUCUCCUAGCCCUCCGGCUACUAAGGGCAAAUUGGGCGUCAUGUUCAUGAACAGGAUCGCUUCUUCAAGUUCGGUCUUGUAUAUAGCUGACGCAAACGGCAGCAACGAACGCCAGCUGCUAUCCGAUAGUGACGCUGCGUUUGAGUACCAUGCAUCUUUUUCUCCAGAUGGCGAAUGGAUCACCUUCACUAAGGAACUGGUUGCAACGCCUUCCUUUGAGGAUGCCGGCGUGCUUUCCCCAGACGGGCGCCUGCUGGCCUAUGUGUCCACAGUGGGCAAUUAUACGACAAAUAUAUGGCUGAAGAAUAUCGAGACUGGGGAAGCCUUCAACUUGACGAAUACAGCCUCUACUGCCGCAGAUACCACUAGACAACUGGCCAUUUCCGCCCUAGCUGGCUGGACGGGACAUAGCAACGGAACCGGCCGGGAGCAUACACAAACCCUUUCCAUCCAUCUUAUAAGGCCCGACGGGACAGACUUCAAGCAGCUUGUUACCAAGGAAAACUACUCUCUCAGUUCGCCAAAAUGGUCUCCAGAUGGCUCGCUCAUCCUCUUUUAUGAAAUAACGAGAGAAGAUACCUACAAUGCUCACACCCAGUCUGUAGGCGAUACUACCUCGCAGAUUGCAUCUUUUGACGUUGCCACUGGAAUGAUUAUACCUACCACACCUCGGGCUCUGGAUGCAAGGUUUCCGCACAAUGGGUUACAGCGGAUGUCGUUGGCUUCGACGCCAAAAAUGGCACAAAUGAAGGUCUCAACUAUACCUCUACCAAUGAAAACCACUGCCGUGUUGGGUGCAAUGCGCAAUCAUUCCUGGUCGCCAGACGGUUCAACAGUAGUCUACGAGAAACAGCUCGAAGCGCCCAAUCGCCUCAUGGAAAGCCACUAUACGGCUGGGAUGGCGAUUGGGAAUACCGCUUCACUGAUGUAUUCCCAACCCUAUCAAACCAGGGCAUCUUAG